AUGCAAAAUUUAGCGAAUCCACAUACGGCGCCCGUCUACACGCACUUGCCUGGAGAUGAGGCGUACAUGAUACAAUCCGGCAUGGCAUGGCCGCAGAAAUCGCCGGCAACGUCCGAGACGAGCUACUGGCCUCACGAGAUGCCAUUGCCGCAGGAACCGGCCGGACUUCCGCCACCAGAAGCAAAACAGCUGAUCGUGGGCCGAGCCAGCAAGUAUGCCUUUUUUCUUGUCGACCUGUGCAUGACCGUGUUGGGCGUGCUCUUCCUCACCUUUGGUUGGCUCGUCUUCAAGGCCGACGGCUCCAACGCCGACUCGAAAAAUUCCUGGGGCCGUCGGCUGGACCGGAUCGCCCAAUACACGCCCACGGUGUUUCCCGUCCUGUUUGGCGCAGCGCUGGGCGGUGCCCUCAGGCGUUAUGCGACGUUCCGGGUCCAGACGCGCAGCGGGAUCAGCGUGGCCACGCUGGAGCAGUACAUUGGCAGCCAGUCGAUCUACCGGGCCGUGGCGACACACGUUAAGCUGCGAUCGGUCAACCUGCUGGGCGUCUUCAUCCUGUUGCUGUGGUGUCUGUCACCGCUGGGCGGCCAGGCGGCUCUGCGGGUCAUCCGGCUGGUCAGCGAGCAGCCGGCGUCGACGACGGGCCUAUACGCGAUGCAGACCUUCCAGGAGUACCAGUACGGCUUCGCCCUGCAGGCGCAGGAGUCACUGCUGACAGUCAAGUACCCGACCGUGGCGGCCAUAAUGAGCGCGAGCCUGCUCAACAAGCGCAACCAGGACCUUUGGGGCAACGUCCGGCUGCCGUCGAUCGAGAUGAUUGAGCAGGCGGGCGGCACCAACAGCAGCAGCAAUGAUGUCGCGGCCGACGGGCCUUGGCUGGACGUGCCGACGCCCACGAACCUGACAUACCCGUCGCUCGUCGGCGUGCCGGUCAACAACCUGUCGGCCUCGGGCACAAACCAAUUUGUGCUGCCGGGGUCGUACCUAGCGGUGUCGUGCCCGGUGUACGGACUCUCAGCCCAGACGACCUUUACCAACUACACGGCCGAGAACGUGACGGAGCCGGGCGGCGACUUUGACUGCACGUGGUACGCGCCCCUUCGGUCGACCAUGUACCUGCAGCUGGCCGUGUCGCUGCCAUGCGCCGAUGCCAAGACCGGUGUCACGGAGAUGCUGACCAACGAGAUCACCCGUCCGGCCCGACGGCUCAUCUGGGAGUCCCUGUCGUCCGAAGGCAACCUGACACGCGCCGAGUGUUUGCUGACGACGACGUAUGUCGAGGCCGACGUCAACUGCACGGCCAACAGUAGCCCGAGCACGGGAACCAACAGCAGCAGCAGCGACGAUAUGGACAGCAGCAACGGCAGCAGCGGCAGCAGCACGUGCACGCCCUCACGCGUGCGUCGCAGCCGCAGCAGCCACGUCCGUGCAGGCGGCUUCGACAGCAACUGGACGGUGCUGGAUGCCGGCACAACCAACGACGCGUCCGCGCUGCUCUACCUCGUCACCAUGCUCUUCUCCGAGUCCGGCAGCGUCAUGGAGGCCCUCGACCCCAUCCCCGUCUACAUGGCCUUUCCCUUCCACGCCGUCGGCGCCUCGGUCAGCAGUCCCUACGACACCGUACUGGCCGACACCGUCGACGUGACCACGUUCGAGCUACGUCUGGCCCAGGUGCUCAAUACGAUCCUGAUCAUCGGCACCGUGCCCCAGUACCUCACCGGUGCCUUCAACACGUCCGCUGCCGCCCGGCAGGACAACUCAGCCAUCUUCGAUAUCCCCGCCUCCGUCAUCGCCAAGCCCCGGAUCAUCGUUCACUACUCACCCGUCUGGCUCGUCUUUCUCACCAUCUGCUCUCUCGCCGUCGUCCUGACCGGCAUCUUCAGCGGCGUGCUGCACCUCUUUAUCAUCGCCCCCGACGUGCUCGAGACCAUCGCCGUAGCCUUUUUGCCUAAUCGCCUCGGCCCUGGCCGCAUUGCCGGCAACUCCACCUGGUCCGGCAGCGAAUGGGCUCGCAAGCACAAGCACGUCCGCCUCGUGCUCGGCGACGUCGCUCCAGACGCUGAGGCUGGCCGUAUCGGCCUCACCACCGUCGGCAACCAGUCCGUGGCGCCACUCAAGCUGGGCCGGUGGUAUAUGUGA